UCUGGUGGAUUUGCAAAUCCCUUCGAUUCGUCUUCAAAGUCAACGUUCUCGUCGUCUUCCAUUUCAUAUCUCGCCGAGGCCCCCGACCUAUCCCGAAUAUCGGAUCCGAACGUUGUCGUCCUGUUGAAGAACUUGUCCAAGAGAGAAGAUAUCACAAGAUCAAAGGCACUGCAAGAUUUGGCCGACUAUGUGUCACAGAACAACCCUGGAGAAGAUGGAGCACUCUUGGACGCUUGGGUGUCUUUGUACCCCCGCCUUUCCAUCGACAAUGCUCGAAAGGUUCGACAGCUCGCGCACACCAUCCUAGGAAUUCUGGGUAAAGCGGCAGGAAAGAGACUGGCAAAGCAUCUCUCUCGCCUCAUAGGACCAUGGAUGGCAAGUUGCAACGAAGCCGACGACGCUGUCGCCAGAGCGGCGCAAGAGUCCGUCAGCGCUGUCUUUGAUUCCGACGAAAAAAGACAAAACCUGAAAAUCGCAUUUCAGGGUCAAAUAAUUGAUUUCUGCUAUGAUGCCAUCGCGCGAGAAUCGCCUAAGACUUUGAGCGACGAGAGAUAUGUCAACGAGGAAGACUCCAAGGCAAAAUAUGCUCGUGUCGCUUCCGCUGCUCUGAAGCAGCUGAGUGCAUUGCUACGAGACCUUGACACCAAAACUCUGUCUACGCACGCAGAUAAAUGGGGGAAGGUCGUUGGGGAUUUGAGAGUUUGGGAGCUUGGUUUAUAUUCCGACCCUCCAGUGCGCCAAUCUACCCACACCCUACUUCAACUCUUCCUGACCAAGACACCCGACUUGGUCGAUGCCUCACCGGAUUCAAUCUGUCGUAUUUACCUCGGGAGUGGGUUGAAAUCAGAUCAAACACGGUCGUCGACAGCUUUCCUCGACGCUCUCUGCCUCCUGACAAGGGAAUUUACUUAUUUCUGGACCAAGUACUACAGAGCAAAGAAAUCACCGAAAUCGUCCCUUUUACACUUAAUUCAACGCGGCGCUCAGCGUGGUGGCCCUCGAUAUUGGAAAUCGCUCCAUAAGCUACUCAACGAACUGCCUCCGGAAGUACUCCCUAAAGAUCCAGAGACGACGAUUGAACUGCUUGAUGCGUUGCGAUCCGCAGCCACGAGCAAGGAGGAAAGUAGAGGGCUACAUCAAGAUACGGAUACUUUGGAGGCAUACGUCUUGCUUUGUCAAGACCUCAUCCAGGGUCUUCCGGAGCCCUGCGUGCCGCUCGCGAUUGAGCAAUAUUUGUGCCCUCUAGUCUCUAAUUGUGUUUUGGAAAAUGGUAAGAACAUGGGCUGGUCACUGGCUGAAAGAGGAGGCGCUGGUGUCAUCGAGAGUGUGCUUCGGACUCCGGGGAUGCAUCUAGUCAUUGGGAAUCAAUGGAGCAAAAUCAGUGAUGAUUUUGUUGCAACAAUGGAAAAGGCUACUCCAGUUGCGCAGAAUGAGCCAAAACCGGACGCGGAAGCGAGGAACUCGUCAAAAAUUCAAGAAUCUCUGCAGGUGCAAGGCCGGCGAUGGGCGUCGGUGUAUCGCCUAGCUCAACGCAUCGAAAAUGAAGAAGUUCGAGAAUCUCUGAAACGCUCUCUGGAUUUGGUCGCAUCCAGAGCGAUCGAGUUCUUGACGUUGGGAAAAGGAGAGAACUAUGGCACUGUUACCAUCCGCGAACUUGUGCUCGCCUUUCUCGAGGGCGAUUUACCAGGGCUACUUCUCACACCCUCAGGUCCCAUCCUAGCUUCCAUCCUUUACGCAGUUCGGGGAGAUCCGUCGUUUACAAACUUGUGGAACGACACAGUUGCAGCUAUUUUUGCGCUUGGGGCUCCGUCCAAAACUGCAGCGUUGAAGAGUUUACUAUUCCCUUCAAAAGAGGUGAAACAGUCGGAACUGAUUCAAGAAGACGAGUCUAUCCAGUCUUUCUUCCUCGAGGUUGCAGAAAAAGAAUCCACGGCAGAAUCGUCGAGAUGGCAGUUGCUCGUCGGCGCUGCAAAACAUCCGUCAAGGCUUUCCGAUACAACUAUCACAAAGAUCAUUAGAAGCCUCGGUGGCCUAAGGGACGAAGCCAUUCCACUCGCGGAGGUUUGGAAACUUGCCGAUUUCCUCGAGCAUGGGGGGAAUGACAUGUUACUGCCCUUCCUCAAGUCUUCUGAGGGCGUGCACUGGUAUUCGAAAAUACUGUGUUCCAAGGAUCUAUCAAGCUCUCUCCCCGAGAAUUUCGCUGAUGACUUUCAUCUCAUUGAGGAUAAGUGCAUAACAACAUUCCAGAAGCUAAGCAUCGAAGAUCGGAGCGCGUUAGGGUCGUCCGUGAUCCAACAGAACCUCAUUACUGCCGAUGAAGGAUCGCCUAGUAUUGAAGCUCUCCUCUGGUUCGCCCAUCAAUUCUUCAAGUACGACACCGUAGAAAGCCGAGAGCCCGCUGGUCUGUUCCCCGAUCGCGCUCAGUGGACAGAUGCUCUCAACACGAGGUUCCUCGGCGUCAGACCUUCUCCUUUAACUUCCAUGAGUAAUCCUCUGGGCGGUGCGGCGUAUCUCGUGGAUACUGGAGAAGAAUACAAGCCGUCUUCUGCAGCUCCACAAGUAGACUCUCGAGAGUAUUCCAUUCCUUUGCGGAUGGCAAUGUACUACGGUGCUGCGAUGCGUUUUCCCGGGGCACUCGACUGCCUUCCACGCGAACAUCAUGUCGAUUUGGCCGAGCUAUUUCUCCUCUCGCUGCGCCUAGCAAACGACAACUUCGAUAUCCCCCACUGUAAUGGCUUUUGGGUUCAACACGAUUACACUGAGCGUAAAGAGAUUGGUUCUUUUCUUGAUGGCGGCAAAAGGCUUAUUGAAGACUGGAUAAAGAAGGACGAUUCAUUCAUAUACAGUGUCAUGAGGCGCUUGAAGAAUCACAUGGCGGGGGUAACGACUCGAUCAUUCUACAAUGCUGUCAGCUACGUAGAAAUCAUGGAAGAGGCUGCAAGCACCUAUGGCCAACCUCAAUCCGCGGUGUUCGAAGAAGAACAGUUGGAAGCUUGGGCAAAUCCAUUGGCAAGCCCCAUAUCCACAGCAGCUACGCUAAAGAGUCUCCGGGGGUUGUUAAGCAAGCAUACUAAAAGUGCGGAUCGUUUCAACCGACUCUGUGCAGAAGUCACUGGUUACAAUGUUGACAGAUUCAAGAAGGACGGGCUAUCUGCGCUGGUCGUAAUCAACGCGGCGCUUAGCGUUUGUCCGGAAUUGGCGGACACAAUUGCGAAACAACGACUUAUUUUCCUUGUUCAGCGUCUGAUCAAGGCACUGGAAGACCACAGUGACCAAGAUGAAAUACAGUCAGAGGUCCUUCAAACGCUUCGAGUGCUUUUACCCACCAUGAUCGAGACGUAUGGUUCGUAUUGGUCUGUCAUUCUGGAUUUGGUCGCAGAUAUAUGGUCCACUACAACCGCUGAUAUGUGCACCGGACCAAGAAGCCUCCGAAUCACGCUGCUACACACAUCGCUAAAGCUCUACGCAACGCUCCGGAAUGAAGCUAAAAAGGAGAAUGCAAACGAGGAUCUUGGAGAGGCGUUAGGUUCGUCUACCCAAAAUGUCGCCGAUUCUCUGGUCCAUUUGGCGCGCGUGAUGGCCGAAAUUCAUGAUCAUCCGCCCAUCUUGCUGAAAGAGAACGUCAACGAGCUUCUGAUGCGAACGCUGAAGCAAAUCCCUCUCACGCAUUUCCCGCCACCAUCCGAACUUUUCGGCUUCCUGAACGCCAACUCGGCCGCAAUACAGAAGGACAUGUACGAAAUCCUGCACGGUCUAGUCGAAGAAGCACAGAAAGAGAUAUCCGUCGAAGCCGCAUUGGGAGAUGCGACUGUGGAACUACCGUCUAUACUGAUCGAUAUGGUUAAGGAGUCUCCAGGGGAGUAUGAAGUGGACCAACCACUCACCGUUAAUUGGCAGAGCACCUCGCCACUACCUGUUCGAGGGUACCUUUUCGCCUGGCUGCUAGUCUUUGCUCACUUCCAAGCGCCUUCGACGUCCUUCAAGGUCAAGGCCGAGUAUGCCCAGCAAUUAGCCUCAACCACCGCAGUGAAGAGUUUCCUUGACUAUGUAGUGGAUGCCCUUGGUCAUGCUGUUGGGCGCCCGAAGGAUGUAUCGAAGUUUGACCUCGUGAAUGGAGAGGUCGACGGCUCCGAAGAUGAAGUAAAGCAGAAGCGACAGCGACUUGCCCAUCUCUACUUCCUCUGCCUCCGACACCUCCCGAACAAGGUUCGCGAAUGGUGGUUCACCUGCCCGCGACACGUCUCCAAAUCCGUCGAGGAAUGGACGGAGCGGUACUUCUCGCCACUCGUCUCCGAUACGGCGCUGAAGGUCGUUCGCGAAUGGGUGGAUACCAUGAAGCAGGACGAUGCGAAUGAGGCACUUUCCGUCAAAACAUCCCCAGCAUCGAAACAAGCUGUCGCGAUCUAUCAGCUGGAUGACGAGACGGCGGCUAGCAUUGUGAUCAGUCUGCCUCCUAGCUAUCCACUACGUCCCGCUGACGCGCUGACCGACAAGCGUGUGGGAGUGACUGACAGGAAGUGGCAGACCUGGCUGCUAGUGACGAAGGGUGUUAUGACGUUCUCGAACGGAAGUAUCGUCGAAGGCAUCAUCGCAUGGAGGAAGAACAUCAACGGCUCGCUGAAGGGUCAAACGGAGUGUUCGAUCUGCCAGUCGCUGAUCAGCGAGGACAACCAGUUCCCUAGCAAGAAAUGCGUGACGUGCAAGAACAUGUUCCAUGCGUCUUGCCUGCAUAAAUGGUUCCAGUCGAGCAAUUCGUCGACGUGUCCCCUUUGUCGGCAGCAGUUCAAUUAC